AUGUGUUUCGUUCGAGGCAGGCGACGUCAUUCGCAGUCGCAACAUUGUGUCGAAAGAGCAAAUGGUGCAUUGACAAGUGCGUUAGGAAAAUGGAUGUCUGAUGAGAAUUCAAGUCAUUGGUCUGAAGGUCUUUUGCCUGUUGUAUAUGGAAUUAAUACUCGGAUGUCAUCAACUACAAAGUGUACACCAUAUGAAGAUGAAGAACAACUGCCAACGCCUAUUGAAGAUAGUCUUGAUCAGACGAAUGUUGGAGAUAGCAACACAAAUUCACCAGCUAUUAUCGAAAACGAGCCUUAUGCGUUGUAUUCAGAUGAUCCAUAA